UUGUAACGGCUAACUGCCUUAGCUUGACGUGAUUGCUGUUAGCUUGUCACAACAGUAGCACUGGGUGGUGUUUUUCAUCAUUUUUAUGACAUAAACUUGUGUGUUAAUCGGUUUAAAUUCACUGGUGGAGGUCCUUUGAGUGGAAUUAGCUCCAGGAUGAUUCCCACCGAGGACGCGUCCGCCAGGAAGCGGGAGAUCGAGGAGAAGCUGAAGCAGGAACAGGAGACUCUGUCAUUCAUCCGAGAAAACAUGGAGAAGAGUGAUCAGCUGACCAAGGGCAUGGUAUCCAUCCUGUCUUCGUUCGAGAGUCGCCUGAUGCAGCUGGAGAACUCCAUCAUCCCGGUCCACAAGCAGACGGAGAAUCUGCAGCGUCUGCAGGAGAACGUGGACAAGACCCUGUCCUGCAUGGACCACGUCAUCAGCUACUACCACGUGGCCAAAGACACGGACCGGAUCAUCAGAGAGGGGCCAACAGGCAGACUGGAUGAAUAUCUCGCUUGUAUUGCAAAGAUUCAGAAAGCGGUGGAAUACUUUCAGGAUAACAACCCCGACAGCCCCGAACUCAACACAGUGAAAGCGCGCUUUGAGAAAGGCAAAGAGCUGCUGGAGGCGGAGUUCCGCAGCCUCCUGACGCGCUACAGCAAACCCGUUCCCCCGAUCCUCAUCCUGGACGCCAUCAGCGUGGAUGAGGAGCUGGAGGUGCAGGAGGACGUGAUGCUGGAGCACCUGCCCGAGGCCGUCCUCCAGGACAUCAUCUGCAUCGCCGGCUGGCUGGUGGAGUACGGACGCAACCAGGAUUUCAUGAACGUCUACUUCCAGAUCCGGUCCAACCAGCUCGACCGCUCCAUCAAAGGUCUGAAGGAUCACUUCCGGAAGAACAGCGCCUCCUCCGGGAUCCUCUACUCGCCCGCCGUCCAAACCAAGCGCAAGGACACGCCCACCAAAAAGGCUCCAAAGAGACCAGUCUUCAUCCCAGGGACCAUUCGAAAGGCUCAGAACCUUCUGAAACAGUACUCACAGCAUGGGCUGGAUGGGAAAAAGGGGGGCUCUAACCUCACUCCUUUGGAAGGUUUUGAUCACGACCUGCGGGUCAAACACCUGUCUGACGCCCUGACCGAGAAGCACGGGGCCGCUGCAGGGAAGGACGACGUCCUGGACAUCGAGAUCGACUCCUACAUCCACUGCAUCAGCGCGUUCGUUAAGCUGGCUCAGAGCGAGUACGCCCUGCUGGCUGAAAUCAUCCCCGAGCACCACCAGAAGAAGACCUUCGAUUCCCUCAUUCAGGAGGCGCUGGACAACCUGAUGCUGGAAGGAGACAACAUCGUGUCGGCGGCGCGCAGAGCCAUCAUGCGUCACGAUUACUCGGCCGUGCUCACCAUCUUCCCCAUCCUCAGACACCUGAAGAUGAACAAGUCCGACUUUGACGCCACGCUGCAGGGGACAGCAGCGAGCACCAAGAACAAGCUGCCGACCCUCAUCACGUCCAUGGAGACGAUCGGAGCCAAAGCUCUGGAGGAGUUUGCAGACAGCAUCAAGAAUGACCCCGAUAAAGAGUACAACAUGCCCAAGGAUGGAACGGUCCACGAGCUGACCAGCAACGCCAUCCUGUUCCUGCAGCAGCUGCUGGACUUCCACGAGACGGCCGGAGCCAUGCUGGCCUCACAAGUACUGGGGGACACUUACAAUAUUCCUUUAGACCCCCGAGAGACGAGUUCAUCGGCGAGCAGCUACACCUCCGAGUUCAACAAGCGGCUCCUCAGCACGUAUAUCUGUAAGGUUUUGGGGAACCUGCAGCUCAACCUGCUCAGUAAAUCCAAAGUGUACGAGGACUCGGCUCUGAGCGCCAUCUUCCUGCACAACAACUACAACUACAUCCUGAAGUCGCUGGAGAAGUCCGAGCUCAUCCAGCUGGUGACGGUGACGCAGAAGAAAGCGGAGAGUUCGUACAGAGAGCUGAUCGAGCAGCAGAUCUACAUGUACAAGAGCAGCUGGGUGAAAGUCACCGAGCACCUGACGGACAGGAACAUGCCCGUCUUCCAGCCCGGCACCAAGCUGAAGGAUAAGGAGCGCCAGGUGAUAAAAGACAAAUUCAAGGGUUUUAACGACGGCCUGGAGGAGUUGUGUAAGAUCCAGAAGGGCUGGGCCAUCCCGGACAAAGAGCAGCGAGACUUCAUCCGUCAGUCUCAGAAGAGAGUGGUGUCUGACGCGUACAGGAGCUUCCUGCAGAGAUGUGCCAACAUCUCGUUCACCAAGAACCCGGAGAAGUAUCACAAGUAUCGAGCGGAGGAGGUGGAGGAGAUGAUCGAGAGGCUGUUUGACACGUCCGCCUGAUUAGCCCCGCCCCCUCAUCCUCACGCUCUCUAAACAGACGUCUCCCUGAACACAACACGAGCUGCUCUCAGAGAGACGCUCGCACCCCCUCCCCCCCUCCUCUCUCUCUUUGUUUCUGAAUGUUUUGUACAAAGAAACCAACCUGAUGUAUUUAUGUAAUGUAGCCGCCGCAGCUUCACAUUUCAAACUAAUAAAGGGAAAUGAGAG